AUGGAAGAUAUAUCCACGGUUUUGGCCACCCUUCGCCAAGAAACGGAAAAUGCCGAUAUCAUCAACGCACUUUAUCAGCUAGAAGACUUCUACGAACGAAAAUUGUGGCAUCAGCUCACAACUGCGUUGGAGGAAUUGUAUUCAAUUCCCGACUCUCGCCACCAUGGUCUUCAAAAGAAAAUAUAUACUCAAUUUAUCGGGCACUUUCUGCUGAAACUUAAUGCUAUUCGGGUUACAGACUUCUUGUUGUCGAGUUUCCAGGACAACAAGACCGAAUGUUUGGAGAAAUUAGAGGAGUUUCAAAAUCAAAUCAAGCUGGAAAUCAAGAAAUCUGCUCGUGGUUCCGACGACACCAACAAAUUAGUAGACAACAACGAAGCCAUCGUGUACACAGACCUCCAGAAGGCUCGAUUCUACAUCUACUUGAACAAGUUGGACAAGGCAGAUGAGGUCCUUGAACGGUUGGAACCCAAGUUUGAGUCGUCCUACGAAACCGACUUUAAUGCCAAAAUCACAGCUGCGUUCUACUUGGCCAAGUGCCAGCUUGAUAAACUCAACGAAAACUAUAACAAGUUCUACGCCAAUGCUCUUUUGUAUUUGUCUUCGCUGGAGGGUAGUAUUCCUCACGACGAGCAAGUGAGCCUUUGCCACAAUUUGUGUGUGGCUGCCUUGCUUGGAACCAAGAUCUACAAUUUUGGUGAACUCAUUCUUCACGACAUCCUCAACGUCAUCAAGGGAUCUGAAUAUGACUGGCUCUAUCAGUUGGUGCACAGUUUGAAUGCUGGUGAGUUGGGUCAAUUCAGCCAACUUCUUCCCACCGCCUUCCAAAAGUCGCCAUUCUUGGCAAACUCCGAAGCUUUCCUUCACCAGAAAAUAGUGAUCAUGGCCCUUUUGGAGUUGGUGUCUCGCAAAUCGUCCGCCAAUAAGACCCUUACAUUCAAAGAAAUUUCAGACUUUACCGGCACACCCAUUGAAGAGAUCGAGCAAUUGAUCAUUAAGUGCUUCUCCUUAAAUCUCAUUCAAGGAUACAUUGAAGAAACAAAUCAAAUCUUGAUCGUUACUUGGUUGCAGCCCCGUAUACUUAACCUCGAUCAAGUCAAGGUUCUCUUUGACCAAUUGACACGCUGGGACAAUCAGGUGGAGAAGUUGGGAGAAAAGGUUCGUGCUGACGGAGGCUCUAUCUGGGCAGGGAUAUAG